AUGGCACCGGAAAUCGUUCAAAACGCGGUCAAACCAGUUACCCGAUUCACGAAACCGAAACGUGCAUAUGUAACGUUUCUCGCCGGUAACGGUGACUACGUGAAAGGCGUAAUUGGUUUGGCCAAAGGUUUACGUAAAGUAAAAACGGCGUAUCCGCUUGUUGUAGCCGUGCUUCCUGACGUACCGGAGGAGCACCGUGAGAUGUUGGAAUCUCAGGGAUGUAUCGUCCGGGAAAUCGAACCGGUUUACCCACCGGAAAAUCAGACUCAGUUUGCUAUGGCUUAUUACGUCGUCAACUAUUCCAAACUCCGUAUAUGGGAGUUUGUGGAGUAUAGCAAGAUGAUAUAUUUGGAUGGAGACAUACAAGUAUAUGAAAACAUAGAUCAUCUUUUUGAUCUACCAGACGGUUAUUUCUACGCUGUGAUGGAUUGUUUUUGUGAAAAAACAUGGAGUCAUACACCACAGUACAAAAUUGGGUACUGUCAGCAGUGUCCGGAGAAGGUGCAAUGGCCGAAAGAAAUGGGUCAACCUCCUUCACUUUACUUCAAUGCUGGCAUGUUUCUGUUUGAGCCUAGUGUUGAGACUUAUGAUGAUCUUUUGAAAACUUGUCAAGUUACUGCUCCUACUCCGUUUGCAGAACAAGAUUUCUUGAACAUGUAUUUUAAGGAUGUUUAUAGGCCAAUUCCUUUGGUUUAUAAUCUUGUUCUUGCUAUGUUGUGGCGUCAUCCGGAGAAUAUUGAGGUUCGGAAAGUCAAGGUUGUUCACUAUUGUGCAGCGGGUUCAAAGCCUUGGAGGUAUACAGGGAAGGAAGAUAAUAUGCAGAGGGAAGAUAUAAAGAUGUUGGUGCAGAAAUGGUGGGAUAUAUACAAUGAUUCUUCACUUGACUACAAGAAGAAUUUGAGUGGAAAUAGUGACACACAAAAGAAUGAUGUUGAAGAGCCAUUUGUACAGGCUUUAUCGGAGGUUGGUCGUGUUCGAUACGUCACAGCACCUUCAGCAGCUUAA